GCAACAUUGGCAUGGCUCCAAGUUCUAUUUCCAAGAAAAAUAAUGAUUUUUCUUUUUGCAAGCUACUUUCAGUUUUAAGUUGUCAGUUAUCCGUUUAUGGUUAUGGGCAGUUCCAUAGUACUUUAGCAGAGAGAAGCGGUCCUUAACAAGCUGAAAAUGCCUAAGAAAAAGAAAGCAUCUCUGCAACAAGGUCAAACUAAUGGACAGGUGCGAGGUCACAGGCAAUCUACAAGAAAAACAACCUUGGACUCUUAUUCCAGUGAUUUGGGGGAGGACGAGAAGUUUGCCUUGCCGCUGCAGAAAGUCAGGAUGAAGGGUGAUCCCAAGAUGGUAACUAAGUCAAAUGAUAGAGAUGCUGCUGCUGAUAAUGACAAAGACAACUUGCACCUGAGGGAAUCAACAAGACAAACGACCGAGCAGACAUCAUCUUCUUCGGACUCUGAUUCCAGUGGUUUGGAGGAUAAUGAGAAGUUUGCCUUGAUGCUGCAGAAAGUCAGGAUGAAGGGUCAUCCCCAGAUGGUAACAAAGUCAAAUGAUAGAGAUGCUGCUGCUGAUAAAGACAAAGACAACUUGCAUCUAAAUACAGAAAUUCAAAAUGUCUGCCCUCUUGUAUUAGAAGAGUCUGAAAGAAAAUCUGUGAAGGAGACAAAUGGUUUUGAACAAGCAUCGGCAGGUAAGCUUGUCGAGACUGCUUCGGCUCAGCAAUUCAUUGAGGUCGACUGGCCACUGAAGGAUGAGUUCCACUUCCGAUUGGCUUGUCAGCAAUGUUUUGUUAAGACUGGAGAGGGCAUCAAGGGGUAUAACUACAAGGAAGGCCUGCAUCACAACUGUAACUAUGACAUCAUGCUCAUUAAAUUAAAACAGAGACCUGAUAUCAAGUGGAUCAAGGUGCGACCCAGGGCAAAACACAUUGGGAAGAUUUUUAAUGGAUACAAGAUAUGCUUUCAUUUUACGGCUGGAGAGCCUUGCAGCUUUGGGGAAGAAAAAUGUACAUUUCCUCAUCAUGUCGCUGAAAAGAGACUCUGGGAAAUGGACCGAAAUGGAGAAUUCAACAUCCAGAGUUUUAUAAGAGAAAUUAUGUGGAAUAAAAGAUUGUCAUCACAGCCAACGCAGCAGCAAUUCCAGCCACGGAUUUCUCCUGGAGAUCAAGGUUCUCAACAGGCUGCAGAUGCUGAUGAAAUGCGAAAACGUGAAAAUCCCCUCAAGUCGGAAUAUGACUUCAGGAUAAUGUGCAAAGAGUGUCUUGUUAAUGGUACUCAGCCUGGACUUUCUGUGCACAAGCCACAUGUCCAUAACUGUGAGCAGAAUGUUCUAGCUCUGUACAAGAGAGGUGAACCUUCUGUUUUGAUGAGAGUGAGGGAACGCACCAAUCAUCGUGAUUUUCCAGGAAGGUACAUUAUUUGUAAUAGUAUUAAAUAUGGGAGGCCCGAUAUGUGCAGAUUUGGGAAAGAGAGGUGCAGUUUUGCACACAACCGCGUUGAGCAGAUCUUGUGGACCCAGGAAAAAGAAGGAAGUUUUAACAUUUCCGAGUUCAUUCUUCAGAACAGGUCUGCCACUGGUGGAGCUAAAGGUUACACAGUGGAAGAAUUGUUGAAAAAACAUGGGGGAAAUUUAAAGUUUAUUUGUCGGCAGUGCUUCUGUGCCCGACCACCAAGAAUAGAAGAGCUUGAAAGGAAAGGUUAUUGCAGUGCUAACCGAGAACAUUCAUGGAAGAACAGCAAGGUUCUUGCUCAUAUUGGAUCACAGGGCGGCAUCACCAUCAUAAACAAGCGAGUGUUUGUGCAUAAAUCAGCAUACUUCAAAUUUUGUUAUUGGAAAUCAUUCUGCAAAAAUUCUUUGACAGGGAGCUGUCCGUUUGCUCACAGCAUGGUGGAGCGUGAUGUGUGGAUGUGUGAAAGAGAUGGGGACUUCAGUCAGGAGCAGGUGGUGGAUAAGUGUAAUGCCAUAAUGUUUGGUGCAGCUCCAUCUCAGUCUCAAGGUUUUCGACCACAGGACAACAGCAGACCAGCACAACCUUAUGCACCAGGUGCUUCUCAGCCAGAGUUUUCAGAGACUGAACCACCAGCAAGAGACCUCUGUCCUUACAAUGUCCAAGUUCUCUGUGGCACGUGCUGGAAAAACGGAACUCGCAGCAAGCAGGAUGGAAGCCAGGACAAAUGUAUUAAAGGUCACAACGACUGGCACCAUGUAAAGAUUUUCAUGCUUAUGCCAGAUAAAAAAGAGAUUCGACCUCUUCCAAGGAGAAUUCCUGCUCGUCUGAACUUUCUCAUGUGCAGUGAUUUUCUAGCAAAUAGAGAAUGUAAUCAUUAUCUUGGAGGUCCUUGUCAGUUUGCUCACAGUGAAGAGGAGAAAGAUGUAUGGGUCUGGAUGUGCAGAAAUGAUAUUGACACUCUUGAUAAACUGGCAAAAAAGGCAAGCAGUUGGACAAGCAGUUGGACAAGCAAUUGUGAUGAAUCUUUAGUUGCUGCUAGUAGACCAGUAACUAGACCACUGGUGCCAUACAACUUGAAGAGAAAUAACAACUACUGCCAGUACUGUGGGGUCCAGUGUAACGGUGAGAAACAGUGGGAUGACCAUUGCGCAUCGGAAUGUCACAACUUCAAUGUGAACUCGGACAAGGAUCACCAGUGGAAUUUCCGUCAGCCACCUUGGGGUUCAAGCUAUAAACUGUGUGAGAGACAUAUGACCAGUCAGUCAUGUCAGUACUCCAACGUUCUAGAAAUGUACAACUUAUGUAUGCACGCCCACUCAGAGGAGGUGCUGGACGAGUGGAAGGAACGCUACAAGUGGCGUCAGAUGAAGCGACACAUGGCCAAGCAGCAAAAGGUUUUCUCCUACAUGGACGAACUUCUUGACAAGUACGAAAGCACAGAUUCAGGCAUUUCUGUGUUAUCUGAAGAAGUAAAUGAUGUUGACAUACAGUGUUCUGAUGAACUGCAUGUGUACAAGGAAGAGAAGAAUGCUGUGGUAACCUGGUCGUUUAUCAUCAGACCACAAGUGAGAUAUUUGAUAAGAAUGGCAUUACUGAAAAAUUUAUGA